UUGGAUUUCUACCCUUAUUUCCGUGCUGUUAAAACCUUCGUCUUCUACGCUUCCUCCACACCAAAACCCCCCUUCUCUCUCUCUCUCUUCCGAAGUCGGCCAUGGCGUUCCCUUACAUGGAAGCUGUCGUCGGUUUCAUGAUAUUAAUGUACUUCAUCGAAACUUAUCUGGACUUGAGGCAACACGCCGCUCACAAACUUCCCACGCUUCCAAAGACUUUGGAAGGAGUGAUUAGCCAAGAGAAGUUCGAGAAGUCCAGGGCCUACAGUCUCGAUAAAAGCUGCUUCCACUUCGUGCAUGAGUUUGUGUCUAUACUGAUGGACUCUGCAAUUUUGUUGUUUGGGAUAUUGCCUUGGUUUUGGAAGAGAUCUGGAGAAUUUCUAGUUUUAGCUGGCCUCAACGUAGAGAAUGAGAUAUUACAUACCCUUGCAUUUUUGGCUGGUGUUAUGAUUUGGUCUCAGAUAACUGAUUUGCCGUUUUCUUUGUACUCAACCUUUGUGAUUGAGGCUCGCCAUGGUUUCAACAAACAAACAAUAUGGUUGUUCUUUUGGGAUGUCAUCAAAGGGAUUUUACUUUCUGUUAUACUUGGUCCUCCCAUAGUAGCUGCAAUUAUUAUAAUUGUACAGAAAGGGGGCCCUUAUCUGGCUAUAUAUCUUUGGGGAUUCAUGUUUGUUCUUUCGUUAGUGAUGAUGACACUUUACCCUGUUCUGAUAGCUCCACUUUUUAACAAGUUCACACCACUUCCAGAUGGUGACCUCAGAGAGAAAAUUGAGAAACUUGCUUCUUCUCUUAAGUUUCCUCUCAAGAAGUUGUUCGUGGUCGAUGGAUCAACCAGGUCAAGCCACAGCAAUGCCUAUAUGUAUGGAUUCUUCAAAAACAAACGGAUUGUGUUAUAUGACACCCUUAUUCAGCAGUGCAAGACCGAGGAGGUUGUGGCUGUGCUUGCUCAUGAGUUGGGACAUUGGAAGCUUAAUCACACUAUGUACACUUUUAUUGCUGUGCAGAUUCUCAUGUUUCUGCAGUUUGGAGGAUAUACUCUUGUGAGGAACUCGAGUGAUCUGUUUAGAAGUUUUGGUUUUGAUACACAACCAGUGCUCAUUGGACUCAUCAUUUUCCAGCACACUGUUAUACCUCUUCAGCACCUCGUAAGCUUUGCUCUGAAUUUGGUGAGCCGGUCUUUUGAAUUUCAGGCUGAUGCUUUUGCUAAGAACUUGGGCUAUGCUUCUGAACUUCGUGGUGGACUUGUGAAGCUACAGGAGGAGAAUUUGUCAGCGAUGAACACAGAUCCUUGGUAUUCAGCCUAUCACUAUUCUCAUCCUCCGCUGGUUGAAAGAUUGGCUGCCAUUGAUAAAUCGGACAAGAAAGCGGACUGAUUCUGGUAUCAUAUGGAUAGCAGAUAGAGGAAGACCUGUUCGUGAUCGUUAAACCAGGUCAUGAAGCCAUAGUUAUGUUACUCCUGUGAUAUAUGACAAAUGGAGCCAAAUUUUUCAGAAACUUGAUACCUGAAAGUUGAAAGUAAGGGGGGGAUGGGGUUUAAAUCUGGGAAAGUGAAUUGAGGGACGGGAAUGAUCAAAUCCUGGGUCUUAUAAAUACAGCAAUUUUGGGAUUUUGAUACUA